ACUUGGGGGGACACGGUGGCUAAGACUGAUGACGUGCUCUUCGUGAGGCUGGGGUGGGGGUCACCGGAGGUCCUCGCGGAUCAGCGGGCUGCAGUUCUCAAAGUGCCUUCGCGAAACUUCCUGCUUGACCAAUUUAAACGGACGAUUUACUUACCCUAAAUUAGAGAUCAAGAUAGCAGCUUCCUGUGUGCGGGCUGCCUUCCCAACCCCGGGCCGGCCACUGAGUCAGCCAGACGCUACUAUUAUUAGUAGUGUCAUUAUUUAGUCGACUUUAUUUUUAAGUACUCCGAAACUUGUAGAAGAUUUCAGGAGUUUUCUUACAAAGAACUACCGUACACCCUUUGACAAUUAAGUUGGCUGCCGCUACGGUGCAGUCUUACCUCUGUAUUUAGUGGUACUUCAGUGUGUAUUUUCUAAAAACGAGCACAUUCUCCUACAUCCAGAAUCAGGUAACAAUGAUCAAGACUAUUACCUAAGCUGUUUCCAGUUGUCCUAAUAAUGCUUUAUGUUGAAACGACCCUUUUGGCUGGGGACCCCCCGGCAUGGUGUGUUCAACUGCCCUGUCUCCUUAGUUUCCUCUGGAGCAGCUCCCCAGCAUCCGUUGACUGUCAUGACUUUGACACUUUUGAAGAUUCCUGGCCAUUUAUUUUGUAGAGCCCGGUUUGGGGUUGUCUGAGAUUUCUUCCCCAGUUGCCUCUGUGGUGGACAGAAGUGCUGCUAACCAGACACCAUUAUUCAGAGUGUCCACCCUGGAGCCAUGGUCCAUGCUUUCCUCAUCCACACCUUGCGGGCUCCACAGGCCCAGGACACGGGCCUUUGCCGAGUGCUCUACUCCUGCGUCUUUGGUGCUGAGAACUCACCGGAUGACCCACGACCACGUGGUGCUGAGAGGGACAGGCUCCUCCGAAAGGAGCAGAUUUUGGCUGUGGCCAGGCAGGUGGACUCCAUGUGCCGGCUGCAGCAGCAGGCAUCUGGCCGGACCCCCAUGGACCUGCAGCCUCAGUCGUCAGAUGAGCCAGUGCCCCUGCAUGAGGCCCCCCUUGGGGCCUUCCGCCUGGCAGCAGGGGACCCUUUUCAGGAGCCUCGGACAGUGGUAUGGCUGGGUGUGCUCUCAUUAGGAUUUGCCCUGGUGCUGGAUGCCCACGAGAACCUGCUGCUGGCUGAGGGCACACUCCGGCUGCUGGCACGCCUCCUCCUUGACCACCUCCGGCUGCUGACCCCCAGCACCAACCUCCUGCUUCGGGCUGACCGCAUCGAGGGCAUCCUCGCCCGCUUCCUGCCCCAUGGUCAACUGCUCUUCCUCAAUGACCAGUUUGUCCAGGGUCUGGAGAAGGAAUUCAGUGCUGCGUGGCCCCGCUGAUCCCUCACUGGGAUGGGACUUCCUGAGAGGGCAAGGAGGGGGAGGACAGGAAUGGGUGGACACACAGCCAGGUGAAGCUUGGCAUUGGCCUCCUUCACAACCUGCCCCCAGCUCUGGCGUGGUACCACACACAGGAUAAGUGGACAGCACAAACUGUCCAUAAUAAUGGACAGAAGAGGGUGCUGGCCAAGGGAUGGUGGGGAGGAAUCCCAGAACAUCCUGUGCCUGGCGUUGCCAUGUAACUUAUUCAUACUGCUGCAAUGGACCAGCCCCACCUGUCCUUGACCCCAAUUUCUCCCAUCUUCGGCAGCUAGCCCCCAAAACAGUCCACCAGUUGCUAGUGUUAGAGCAUAAAGAACAGAACUGAUCCACUUUCUCCUAAACCCACAGUCAGUCAUUGCAACCCAAAGGGAAUCUGAGACUCCCAGGGUCAGGGAGCUGGCUGCUGCCUUUGCACCCACUUAGGCAACAUAAUCAGGAUUUUGGGGGCGCCUGGGUGGCUCAGUCAUUAAGCAUC